AUGUUCAGCCAAUCAGAACCUACCAAACUGGAUUCCAUAUUCAGCCAAUCAGAACCUACCAAACUGGAUUCCAUGUUCAGCCAACCAGAACCUACCAAACUGGAUCCCAUAUUCAGCCAACCAGAACCUACCAAACUGGAUCCCAUAUUCAGCCAACCAGAACCUACCAAACUGGAUCCCAUAUUCAGCCAAUCGGAACCUACCAAACUGGAUCCCAUAUUCAGCCAAUCAGAACCUACCAAACUGGAUCCCAUAUUCAGCCAAUCAGAACCUACUAAACUGGAUCCCAUGUUCAGCCAAUCAGAACCUACCAAACUAGAUCCCAUAUUCAGCCAAUCAGAACCUACCAAACUGGAUCCCAUAUUCAGCCAAUCAGAACCUACCAAACUGGAUCCCAUAUUCAGCCAAUCAGAACCUACCAAACUGGAUCCCAUAUUCAGCCAAUCAGAACCUACCAAACUGGAUCCCAUAUUCAGCCAAUCAGAACCUACCAAACUGGAUCCCAUAUUCAGCCAGUUAGAACCUACCAAACUGGAUUCCAUAUUCAGCCAAUCAGAACCUACCAAACUGGAUCCCAUAUUCAGCCAAUCAGAACCUACCAAACUGGAUCCCAUAUUCAGCCAACCAGAACCUACCAAACUGGAUCCCAUAUUCAGCCAAUCAGAACCUACCAAACUGGGUCCAUGUUCAGCCAAUCCAGAACCUACCAAGCUGGAUCCCAUAUUCCAGCCAGCCAGAACCUGCAAACUAGGUCCCUUAUUCAGCCAUCCCAGAACCUGCAAACUGGGUCCCAUGACCCCAGCCCAAUCCAGAACCUACCAAACUGGGUCCCAUAUUCAGCCAAUCAAGAACCUACCAAGCUGGGUCCCAUAUUCAGCCAAUCAGAACCUACCAAACUGGAUCCCCUUAUUCAGCCAAUCAGAACCUACCAAACUGAACCCAUAUUCAAUUUAG